AGGUUAAAUUGAGCAUUUGUGCAACACAGCUUCUUGCAGAAGGACCACCACACUGGUUUACACUUAGGAAAAUAUGAGAAUAAGCAGGGAGUGUUCUCUCUGAACUAAAAAAAAAAUAAAUCUGUGCCUUGCUGAGGACAGCUGCAGGAAUCGGACACUUGAAUCAAUGUUAUCGGAUGAGUUAGAAUCCAAGCCUGAGCUGCUGGUUCAGUUUGUUCAGAAUACUUCUAUUCCACUGGGGCAAGGGCUAGUGGAAUCGGAACCAAAAGAUAUCACCUGUCUUUCUCUCCUUCCUGUUACUGAGACCUCAGAAUGCAACAGGCUCAUGUUGCCAGAUGAUGAAAGAGAUCUCACUUCUCCAAGUCACACUAAUGCUUCCAAAGAUGUUUCUUCAUCUGCUGUCUUGAGAAGUCUCCAGGUAAAUGUGGGCCCUGAUGGAGAGGAAACAAGGGCACAGAAUGUACAGAAACCAUCUGAACUUCUGUCAACUCCAGAGACUUCCAGUUUAUUGCAAGACCUCCAGCCCAGUGACAGCACUUCAUUUAUUCUUCUCAACCUAACAAGAGCAGGGCUGGGGUCUCCAGCAGAGCACUUGGUGUUUGUUCAAGAUGAAGCAGAAGAUUCUGGGAAUGACUUCCUCUCUCAUGAUAGCACAGACAGCAGUACCCCAUGGUUCCUGCGAGUGCAAGAAUUGGCCCAUGACAGUUUAAUUGCUGCCACUCGGGCACAGCUCGCUAAGAACGCCAAAGCAAGCAAUAAUGGUGAAAAUGUUCAUCUUUGCUCAGGAGAUGGGCAGCCGAAAGACUCUAGCCCCAUUCCUCAUUUAUCUCGCGUGGAAAGGAAGCUGAAGUGCACAGUUGAGGGCUGCGAUCGGACAUUUGUGUGGCCAGCUCACUUCAAGUAUCAUCUGAAAACACACCGUAAUGACCGCUCCUUCACCUGCCCAGCAGAAGGCUGUGGAAAAAGUUUCUACGUCUUGCAGAGGCUGAAGGUGCACAUGAGAACUCACAAUGGUGAAAAACCCUUUGUGUGCACAGAGCUGGGCUGUGGGAAACAGUUCACGACAGCUGGAAACCUGAAGAACCACCUACGAAUUCACACUGGGGAAAAACCCUUUCUGUGUGAGGCACAGGGAUGUGGUCGCUCUUUUGCUGAAUACUCCAGCCUUCGGAAACAUUUGGUUGUCCACUCAGGAGUGAAGCCCCAUCAGUGCCAAAUUUGUGGGAAGACAUUUUCCCAGAGUGGUAGCAGAAAUGUGCAUAUGAGGAAACAUCACUCCCGAAUUGGAACAGCUGGCAGCAGAGAGCGAGAACAGCCAGAGUCACUGAUGGGCAGCAGUUUGCUGGAAGAGUCUACAGUGCAUAGUAAGAAUCUCAUCUCCAUGAACUCUCAGCCGAGCCUUGGUGUUGAGUCUCUGCACCUGCCAGACACCGAGUCUAUUAUUGGAGUAGAGGAGGGUGAGACCAGCUGCUCUUUUUUCCGCCCUCUUAUAUGUGGUGACUGAAGUGGGAUUGGUCAUUCCUCCUAGAGGCUCACCAUUUUGCAGUGGAAUGAGUGAACAUUGCUUUAACUGUGCACAGAGUAGGUGGGUAGAUGGAGAAUGAAUCAUAAAACUGGAGUUGGAGAAGACCUACCGGACCAAGUUUCUCUCUUGCAGAGCUUAAAAGGUGAAGUCUGCUGCUUAGGUGUCAUUAGCCCAUGUCGUGGAACACCAUUUCAAAACUGUUUAUGCAGUCCCUUCUCCCAAAGCCUAAAGUGUUUGUUUUGCUGGAGCACCUAGGAGCCCCAGUUAAGGACCAGGACCUCGUUGUGCUAGGCACUGUACAAACAUUCAGUAUCUUGAGCAACAGGCCUUCCUUCCAUCCUUUACCUUCAGAGACUAUAUUCUAAUACAUCUCACUGUCAGAAGCUGACUUACUAUCUGAAAUAAAUGUACUACUUGAUAUCAUUUAAUUA